AUGAGUAAACAUAACCACACAGUUUAUGACUUUCUGUUAUUGGGAUUCCCACAAAUUAAUGGCAUUAAUGCUGUAAUUGUAUUUCUACUGAUAUUGGUUGCUUACAUUAUGAUACUCGUACUAAAUUCUAUGAUCAUCGUAUUGGUGUCAACCAGACCACAAUUAUUUUCUCCCGUGUACUUCUUCCUCCAAAAAUUAUCUAUAAAUGAAAUUGUGCUUGUGACUGUUAUCAUCCCUAACAUGCUACGUGUCAUAUGGUUAGAAGGAGCCACAAUUUCCAUUAUGUGUUGCAUAGCUCAGACUUAUCUUUCUGUUGCACUUGGGUGUUCAGAAUGUCACCUCCUUACAGUCAUGUCUUAUGACCGAUACCUGGCCAUAUGUAACCCUCUACGUUAUAGCACCAUCAUGAACAUCAAACGUCAACAUUCCCUGGUUAUCUAUUGCUGGGUGUUUGACUUUCUAGUCACCCAAAUAACACUCAAUUUUCUGUGUCAACUUCAAUUCUGUGGACCCAACGUCAUUGACCAUUUCUUUUGUGACCUUGGUCCUUUCAUUGAACUUGCCUGCUCUUCCACUUAUGCAUUACAGUUAGAGAUUUUUAUUUUUGCUGUCCCUGUAAUCAUCAUUCCUUUUAUUUUAGUUGUCAUUAGUUACAUCUGUGUAUUUACAACUAUUCUUGGGAUAACCUCUAAAACAGGUAGGAAGAAAACCUUCUCCACAUGCAGCUCCCACCUCUCUGUUGUGACCAUGUACUAUGGAACCUUGAUCGCUGUUUACCUGGUUCCACCUUCUGGAAACUCAUUGACCAUAAACAAGGUGAUUGCCCUGUUAUACAUUGUGGUACCACCUCUGUUUAACCCAAUCAUAUACAGCUUGAAAAAUCAAGAGAUGAGAGUUGUCAUGGGGAAAUUACUCAGCAUUAACUAA